AAAAAAAAAAAAAAAACCUUGAUUUUCUCCUUUGAGAAGGCAAGCUACCUUCAUCCUCUGGAACAUAAGCAGAUGCAACCGGCACCUGGCGGUGGCGGCAGCGCUGGCGGUGGUGGUGCUGAACUGAGUCGAGGUGGGCUUGCCCGCUUCCGCUCAGCUCCAUCCACCUGGUUAGAUGCAGUACUUGAGGGAGAGGAAGAGGAAGAGGAAGAGGAAGAGGACACUCUAAAGCCCAACCAGUGCUUGACUCAGCUUCUUACUUCCAAUACUGUGACGCCCGAGGGUCGUAGCUCGGGUUCCUUUGCGAGGUCCGCGGAUCCGGGGCCGUUUGAACCCUCUAGUUUUCAGAGGCAGAACAGUUCUCCAGCUACUUUUCUUGGGAAUUCUGAUGUCUACUUCUCUAACUUCGGAAUUCCAGCGAAUUAUGAGUAUUUAUCGCCUAGUUUCAGUGUUUCUUCCGCGAAUAAGCGGUUGAGGGAAGCCGAUACGCAACAGCCAUCCACAAAGUUUCAGUCUCAGUUGAAAGGUGAGCAAAGUGGGGUAUCUGAUUUGAUGGAUAAAGACAUGGAGAGGGUUUUGGAGGACUCAGUACCUUGCAGGGUUCGUGCCAAGCGGGGUUGUGCUACACAUCCUCGAAGUAUUGCAGAGAGGGUUCGGAGAACACGUAUAAGUGACCGCAUCAGAAAGCUUCAGGAACUUGUGCCAAACAUGGAUAAGCAAACAAAUACUGCAGAUAUGCUAGAAGAGGCAGUAGAAUAUGUAAAAUAUCUUCAAAGGCAGAUUGAGGAACUUACAGAGCAUCAAAGAAAAUGCCAAUGUAAAGCUAAAGGAUUGGAAGAAGAUACCUAAAAAUGCCUACCCACCACUUAGUGUAAUUAUGAUAAAGCUCGUGAAGAUCCACAUUGUAAUUACAAGAUUCACCAUCUACUGCAUCACAUUCUUCUUUGAUACUUAGCUGAUGGCUAUUCAAGAAGAGAAAGAAGGUGUCAGGUGAAAAUUUGUCUACCAGUUUGAUGAAUUCCAUACUUUUGCAAAGUAGCUGCAAUUAUCAUCCUGUCGUUACAUAUCUGUGUGCUUUGAGCAUUUGUAAAUGUUUCUCCUGUAAUUAUUUGUUUUAUAUUUUUAAUAACAAGAAGUUUUUGCA